AUGAGCUCGUACUUCGCCAAUUCUUACAUGCCUGACCUGAGGAACGGAGGAGUGGUGCCGGCGGAGCACCCGCACCAGCAACACCACUACGGCUCCGUGGGGGGCGAGGACCCCAGCUGCGACCCCCGGCAAGGCAUCCCCCCUCACCACUACGGCGGGCCCCCGGUCGCAGGGCAGCCGCCCCAGGGCGUGCCCUACCCGCGCUUCCCGCCCUACGAUAGGAUGGACAUCCGGAACGCGGGCUACUACCAGGGCAUGGACUACAGGGCGGACAGCCCGGGGGCGAUGGGGCACAUGCCCCAGAACGGCCACCAGACGCCGGUGGUGUACACCUCUUGCAAGCUGCAGGCGGCCGUCGGCAACGGGAUCGGUGGGCCUGAGAGUCCGCCGGAGAUGGACAUCAACCAUCACCACCACCAGAGCCACCACAUGCACGGCCAUCCUGCGCAGGCUCAGCCCCAACAACAUACAAUGAUGUACAACAACGGGGCUCCGCAACCUCCGCACCAUCAGGCACAGCAAGUGGUGCAACAACCGCCACCCGCCCAACCACCUCAACCCAACAACAACAACAACAACGCCAACCUGCCCAGCCCCCUCUACCCCUGGAUGAGGAGUCAGUUCGAAAGGAAGAGGGGCCGCCAGACCUACACGCGGUACCAGACGCUGGAGCUGGAGAAGGAGUUCCACUUCAACAGGUACCUGACGAGGCGGCGGAGGAUAGAGAUCGCCCACGCGCUCUGCCUGACGGAGAGGCAGAUCAAGAUCUGGUUCCAGAACCGGAGAAUGAAGUGGAAGAAGGAGAACAAGACGAAAGGUGACAUCGGAGCCAACGAAGGCAGCGACCUGUCGCCGCAGACAUCGCCGCAGUGA